AUGAGUCAGUUGAAAUUUGUAAGAUCUAAGAGUACCACUAGAUCAAAUCCCUUAGGCAGAUUAAAAUAACAAUUAAAGUAAAUUUAGAAACCUGGUAAACUCCAUGUGAGUGUUGGAAGAAGCAGGUAAUCUUCAUAACCCAAUGAAGAAUUACUCAUUUCAACGCCAAAAAAUAAAAUGAAUUUAAAAUUGCUUUAACUUCAUCAGAUUAAUGAAAAUACUGUUUCAGUAUAAGGAUCAGCUGGAUGGCAAUCUCUGCUUCCAUUAUCUCAUGAUGCUAGGAUAAUCAACGAUUCAAAUAAACUAUCAAAUUCAACUUAAUACAAUGGAAAUUGGGGAAAUAUUUAUAAUAAAUAACAUUACUACACUCAAACAAAUUAUUGUUCUUAAAAAUUAGAUGAAAGUUCAAAAACAGAUAAAUUAGAUGGUUUUUAAGUCAAAUCAACCAAAUUAAAUUCAUCUAAUUAAUAAUCAUUUUCUGUGUGGGAUGCAAAUAAUACUUCAAAAUUUAAUUUUAAUUAAUAUGCACUCAAAUAAAGUGAACUAAUUAAUUAAUAAUAGAAUCUAGAUAAUGAUUAAUAUAGAUUAUACAAUUCUACUCAUUCAAAUAACAAUAUAAAAUAAAGAAAUGAGAAUGAAAUGUAAGAAUAAAUUAAAAAUUAAUAAAAAAAUGAAAAAUUUGAAUCAAUGAUUUUAGAUAUAUAUCAUACAUCUACAAAUAAUAAAUAAUCUAAAACUUAACCUAUCAUUGAAUUAAAUGAAGAUGAAGAAUUUUAAGGUAUGAAAUGUAGUACUUAAUCAUCCUAAAAAUAGAUUCCAAAAUUUUAUAGUGAAAUUUUAACUGAUAGAUCACUUAUUCUUAAAAUACCUAAAAGAUUUAAGGAAACUGAAAUUUAAACAAAUUUUACUUAAACUCAUCAAAUUGAUACUAAUAAAUAUUCUAAAUUGAAUUAAUCUUGUAAAUCAACUACAAAUGCUUCAGUUUAAACAAAAUCUAAAAAAAAGAAUUUAGGAUUAUUUUAAUAUCAAUUAUCAUAUUUAUCCCCAAAACAAAAUAAAAAUUUCUUAGAUACUGAUUUAUUAUCAUUAGAUGAUUUUUAAUCAUAAAUUAUUUAUGAAUCUUAAUAAGAAGAUUAACACAAAUUGUAAAAUUAAUAUUAAAAAGAGAUUGAUUUUAAUAAUAAUAAGUAAAUGUAUUCUCAUAAUUAAGAUCAUAAAUUUUGAGUUAAAAGAGUAAUCUUUAUUUGACAAAAUAAUUACUUUUAGAUCCUGAAGAGGAUUCCUAACCUUUCUACUUAUAGGCUGAACCCAAAGAAAUUAAUUCUAAUUUAUAUGAUAAGAAAUCCAAUAAUUAAAAGAGUAUUUCAAAAGAAUUUACACAUAAUAGUUGUACAAACAUUUCAAAAGGUAAAAUUGAAAAAAGUACAUCAUUUUAAAGUGUAAAUUGUUACAAAGACCAUUUAAAAAUCUUAAUAAAUUAAAGUUCUUAAAAUAAUUGUAAAAUUGAUUAGAAUUAACCUUAUAUAGUUUAAGAGAAUAAAUAAAAAUAUCCUUUGAGAAGUUCAUAAAAUAAUUAGAAUAUGAAGAAAUAAUAAAGAUCAAAAUAAACAAAAAAAAAAUGA